UUGAUGUCACAUGCAAUUUUAGGUGUACUUGUAAUCAGUCGAUGAGUCUAGCAUACUAAACAUGGGCGACAAGUUGGAUUUGGCGUUUGCUAUGGACUGUACUAGUAGUAUGUGUAGUUAUAUCGCUUCUGCGAAGCAAAACAUAGAGAAUAUCAUUCAACGGAUUUCUUCGUCGGGAAUAAGUAGCAUUCGAUUUGGACUCGUUGAAUACCGUGAUCACCCACCACAAGACCACAGUUUCGUCACACAAAAACACGAUUUUACUCCAAAUAUAACUACAAUGAAAUCAUGGCUUACUGCUUGUUCAGCUAAUGGGGGAGGUGACACACCAGAAGCCGUUGCCGAUGCUAUGUACGACGUUCUCCACUUGUCGUGGCAUUCAGAUGCUACAAAAAUAUGUGUUCUGAUUUCAGAUGCCCCGCCACAUGGUCUUGAACGUUCUGAUAAUUUCCCUCAAUGUCCGGCGGGACACGAUCCAGUUUGUAUCGCCUCUGAAAUGGCUAAAAAGGGAAUUGUUUUAUACUCAAUAGGAUGUGGCUUGUCCGGUUAUGUAAUGGACUUUUUCAUGGCCAUUGCUUUUCUGACUGGGGGUCAGUAUGUGCCGCUAAGUACCGCUAGUAAUUUGACUGAAGUUAUCAUCGGGGGAGCCCAGGAAGAGGUUUCGUUGGAAAAAUGGAUGGCAGAAGUUGAUGAAGAAGUGCAAAGAGAUUUAGCGAAAAAUAUAGAGAUUGACGAAGAAGAAUUGUCAAGAAGAAUUCAUAAAAAAAUGGAAGUUAAGGGAGCGCGUGCAAAACAGUUAACGAGAAACAACAAGCAGGUUGGCGAAAUAAACAGACGGGCCAAGAUGAUGUCCAAACUUAAGACACUUCCACAAAUGAGGGAUUUUCCAGCAGAGGGCGCUUACGUACCCGAUCCUAACAUAGAUUCUUACAAGGGUGGAUCUGCAGGUUUUGAUAUCGACGAAGGAGAAAUCACUCGCGAACAAGCUGAGAGAAUGGUCAUUAAAGCCAAAGCUCGAAUUACAUAAUUGAUUUCGUGUCGGAUUAUCUUGUUCUGUAAACAUUACUAUGAUUUGAUGUUAGGCCAAUAAAUAUAUCUUUUGUUUUUUUAAUAUAUUGUCAUUUUAAAUACUCCAAAAUAAUAA